CUCAGGAUUUUUCCUUUUUCUGCUCUUUUUUAUGAACCCAUUUUCUUUAAUUUCCAUUUCUGUUCCAAGUUUGGUAGAUUUUUAAAUUUAAUUGUUGUUUUUUUUUUUUAAUCAUUUUGAGGGUUCUGAUUCUGUUCCAUUUUAACUUAGCAUCUCGAUCGGGAAUUAAUUCCUCUUUUUCCUUCAUAGUUCAUGAAUCUGCUGGAUGGUUUGGUUUUGUGUCUUCAACUUUAACACGGAUCAUUACUUUUAUUCUAUUGUCAUGUAAUUUUAUGAACUGGGUUUUUUUCUUUUUUCUUUUUCCUUCUCGAUUUGUUUGAUUUCUGAGGUAUUCAAGUGGAGAUUUCUGCUGCUACUCUGUGAAUUGUGAUGUGAUUUUCGUUUCUUUUUUCCAUGUGUUUUUCUUUGAGCUGUGGAUACAGCCUGUGAAGUGAGGACUGGAUAUGCUGUUUUGAGUAACUGAUUUUGUUGGUUUCAGAAAUUUGUUGUUAACAGUACAAUAUUAAUGAGCUAAUGUUGUGAAAUUUGUAUUCUAUUUGGCAUUAGCUUUGUUGUACCAAUCCUUGUCUAAGAGAAAAUGGUGGAUUAUACAGUGAGAUUUUGGUGUUAGGAAGCAUGAAGUCUAAAGAAGAGGAUUGUUUCUGCUGAGAAUUUUACUUUCAGUUGCAACAAGUUAACCACUUGUGUUAAUAUCUUGCAGACUGUAGGAGACAAUUCUCUCUUUGGAAUUUUUUCUGUAGUAGUACUGUUACUAAGAACAGAUCUUUGGUAAAUGGGGUCGGAAGGGCCUCCAUCGGUUACGAUUCAUGUAACAGGGUUUAAGAAGUUCCAUGGAGUUUCUGAUAAUCCAACUGAGACAAUAGUGAACAAUCUCAAGAAGUAUAUGGAGAAGAAUGGUUUGCCAGAAGGUCUAACUCUUGGGAGUUGCAGCAUUCUUGAAACUGCGGGGCAGGGAGCUCUUGAUUUGCUACGUAAGACGUUGAAAUCUGCUGUAGAGGGGAAGGGUUCUGAACCUACCAAUUCCAGAAGAAUUAUCUGGCUUCACUUGGGAGUUAAUAGUGGCGCUUCAAGAUUUGCUAUCGAACACCAAGCCUUUAACGAAGCCACCUUUCGUUGUCCUGAUGAAAUGGGAUGGAAGCCCCAGAAAGUACCAAUUGUACCAGAGGACGGUGAAAUAUCACGUAUGCGACAGACCUCUCUUCCAGUGGAGGAAAUAACCAAGACACUGGCAAAGAAGGGUUACGAAGUGAUGACUUCAGACGAUGCUGGUCGCUUUGUGUGCAAUUAUGUCUACUACCAUUCCCUUCGCCAUGCAGAAGAGAACGGCAUCAAAUCACUAUUUGUUCAUGUUCCUCUCUUCUUAACUAUAGAUGAAGAGACCCAGAUGCAAUUUAUUGCUUCCUUGUUAGAGGUACUUGCAUCUUCAAGUUAUUAGGCUACUAAUGUGUAUAGGAGGAUGUAUUGGGGUGAUGGUUGUUUGUCAAGAUGCUUGAAUAAAAGAAAUAAUAAUAUCCUUUAAGGGCUAAUGUAUGUAUUUCGAAAAACAUGCAUUCAAAUGUUCUUCAUACUUAUCUUUAGAUGGUUUCGGCUACUUGUCGACAUAAAUAACAUUUGGAGCCUACCAUGCCUGGUUUAUAUGAA